AUGAAGGCAAUUUUGGGAGCACAAGAUGUGUGGGAAGUUGUUUCCAAAGGUUAUGAUGAGCCAGAAGAUGAGGCAACUUUGUCUCAAGCCGAAAAAGAUGUUUUACAAGCCAUGAGAAAGAAGGACCAAAAGGCGGUGAUGACCAUCCAUCAAUGUUUGGAUGAUGGAAUGCUACAAAGAGUUGCUAGUGCAGAAAAUGCAAAGCAACUAUGGGAGAUUCUUCAAAAUUCCUUCCAAGGAGUUGAUAAAGUGAAGAAGGUUCGCCUCCAAACGUUACGGGGUGAAUUUGAAGCAUUGCAUAUGAAGGAAUCUGAAUCAAUUUCAGAUUAUUUUUCGAGGGUCCUGGCUAUUGUAAAUCAACUAAGGAGAUAUGGCGAAACCACCAUGACUGAUACAAGGGUCGUUGAAAAGAUCCUUCGGUCGUUGGAUUCCAAAUUCAACUACAUUGUUGUAGCCAUUGAAGAGUCAAAGGAUUUGGAUUCCAUGACUGUUGAUCAACUCAUGGGUUCGUUGCAAGCUCAUGAAGAAAAGGUGGUGAAGAAACAAGAAGCAUUGGAGCAAGUGCUACAAACAAAGUUUUCGUUGAACGAAAGAGACGAAAAACAUGGAGGAAAUCAAAGGGGCCGAGGACGUGGAAAUGCACGUGGCCGAGGAAGAGGAAGAGGCCGUGGAAGAGGAAAAAGAAGCGGUCAACACACAACCAACAAUGAAGAAAAAAUCCAUGACUCACAACAAAUAAGAGGUCGUGGUAGAGGAAAUUACUCAAGGUCAUAUGGAAGGAGGUAUGAUAAGUCUCAAAUUCAAUGUUAUAAUUGUCAAAAGUAUGGUCAUUAUGCUUCGGAAUGUAGAAAUGUUGCUAACGAUGUUGAAGAAAAGGCGAAUUAUGUUGAUGAAGAAGUGGAGCCUACUUUGUUGUUAGCAUACAAAUGUGAAAGGAGUGAUCAAGAAGAUGUGUGGUAUCUUGACACCGGUGCUAGCAACCAUAUGUGUGGUAGCAAAGAGAAGUUCGUUGAUAUUGAUGAAUCAAUAAAUGGCAAGGUAACAUUUGGAGACUUAUCACAAAUUCUGGUAAGAGGGAAAGGUAAAAUAUUGAUUCGUUUGAGGAAUGGGCAUCAUCAAUUUAUCUCUAAUGUUUAUUAUGUGCCUAAUAUGAAGAACAAUAUUUUGAGUUUGGGACAACUCUUAGAAAAAGGCUACAAUAUAUCCAUGAAGGAUUGUAGUCUUUCGAUAAGAGACCCAUUGGGUAAUUUGAUUGCCAAGGUUCCAAUGACAAAGAACCGGAUGUUUUUGCUAAAUAUUCAAGCCGACGAGGCUAAAUGUUUGAAGGCUUGUGUUAAUGAUUUAACUUGGCUUUGGCACUUGAGAUUUGGGCACUUGAAGUUUGGAGAAUUUUGUAAUUGA